UUGUCUUUAUUAAAUACCAUCAAGUAAUAUUAUUUAGCUUUGCAUACAAUUUGAAAGUUCGGAACACUUUUGGUCCUAGGUGAUUACUGGCAGGAUAACACUGUGCGAUGAAGUGUGCAUUCCUGAUGCUGUUUACGAAGUCAUUCUUCAUCUCACAAAUCCAAAGCCUAUGUCACGUCUCUCAGAGAUAAAGGACGUCAGCAGUGUAUUACGCCCUUUCGCCGAGCAGAUGUGUGAAGGUUAAGCAGUAGUCUGUUUCUAAUUAUUUGUUAUACAGUUUUGGGAAAAGAGGUAUCUCUAAUACAAAAAAAAAACCAAACAAACAAAAAAAAGCAAAAAAAAAAUUUUUUUGUUUGUUUGUAGCAAAUGAUUUUUAAUCCAGCGUUCAAAUUUUCUGUUAAAUCGAUAUUACACUUUUUUGACUAAGAAAACUGAGCUGCAUUAUAGUUAUCCAAAAAUAAAAAGAAAGGCCGCCAGACGGACUUACAAGAUUAAGGAAACAAGUUUAUACCUCAUUUGGCUUUAUAGAAAGCACUCGGGAACAACUGCUCAGGUACAUUCCAGGACUUCACAAUAACAAAGGUCAAAUAUAUGGUAAAUUUUUUUCUAAAGGAUUAACCUGUGAUUAGACUACGACACAUUCGUUUGCAAAGUCUUUACAUGAACGAAUGCGGUUCUUGUCCCUCAUGUACCUUUUAGUGAUUAGCAAGUCCACAUCGAGUCCAUAAAUCUUACAUUCCCCAGCAUAUUUUACUAAUACAUUUAUAAACAUACUAGCAGAUUCAUGUGGGUGGCAUCUUUAGAUUUUAAUUAAGCACAUGUAAUGAUGUAAUAAAGACCCCAUUUAGUAAAGAAUGCUAAAAUCAUAUGACCCAUAAUGAGGUAUAUAGGACUUACAUCCUUUACCAUUAAACCCCUGUUUUUCAGUAGGCUAUAUUACUAGAAUAUCUAAUAAAACAAUUUGCACUAAAUACGAACAAAAACUAUUCUUAGAGAGUUUUUAAAAAACAAUUAAUACAAAAGCUUCCGUGGCUUCCAUAGUCAUGUCUUCUUGUAUGUUACAGGCAUGGUGGAUGUGCCAUUUCCAGAUCUCUGCAAUGAAGGGGAAUCAGCAACAGACCAUCAAAAGGGUCUUGUAGCUUCAAUUCAAGACACGUACUUUGGAAACAUUGAUGAUUCAUAUGAAAACAGUGAAUAUUUAAAAUCUUCUGUCAAUAAAGAUGAAGAAUCUUUGAACAGAUGUUUAGAGAUCAGUGAGGUAUGCUCUGAAUACUUUUCUUCUGAAGUUUGGCCACUAUUCACCAACAAUUGUCUACCUGGAAUACCUCCACUGAUUACACUGCCGAAAAAAAUGUCAAGUGGAAGGUUUGAGAUCCGUUUCCGCAUUCCUGUGAAGGGUGGAGUCUGCUCCCUUUUAAGUGCUGUCAUGACGAGGUUGCUUGGAGACAACGUUGAAGACUACAUUCAGCUGCUAGGAAAGAUCGCUACAGUCAUCGCUGAUCUCCACUCACAUAAUCUUGUUCUGGGUGACUUCUGCGCAGACACGAUCUACAUCGAGAAAUUUACAACUCCAACUGAAUUGCUAAUCAAAGUCUGGAUUGUAUCACUUGCAAAUAUACACGUCCUGCAGCCAAGUGCCCACAAGGAAAUUCAACACAUACAAAGUUCUCCUCCACAACAAAGGGAAGCACGUCGCAGGGCAGCACCAGAAGUUGUAAAGAUGGGUCUCUACUCUCGCUCGUCUGAUGUCUUUUGCUUCGCCCGCUUGAUGUGGUGGGUGUUCAACACGCUGUCUGAAGACAGAGCUUCUCAGAUCGUCGACAGUAGUCCUUCCGACCCAUUAAAAACGAUUUCCGAUUCGGAGAUCUACGAGACAAUAUCCAGUGUCAAUGCUCCAUCCUUGUUAAAGAGACCCCGUGUCUGCCCCACGGACACUUACAGUCUCAUGGAACAAUGCUGGAGACCACGACGUUCUGAGCGACCUUCGAUGAGUGUUUUGCAGGAACAUCUUACAAAGAAAGAAGGACUUUCGUUCUUAGAAAACUACGAAGCUCAAAAUGACAAUUUUAUGAAAUACCCCACUACUCUAGUUUUUCCAAAAGAAGAAUAUGACGAAAGCACUUCGAUUGGCAGCGCAUCUACGUCCUUUUCUGGCAGUUCAUCUCUGUCAUCAAGUCGGAAAAAUUCAGCCACAUGUAACACAGAGCAGCUAUUAUCUAUACCACAAACAGCUCUUGAAAAUCCUUCGUCAACUUUCUUUGGAGAAGCAGCAAUGUUGUCAUCCUCUCCUUCAUUACCUUCCUUACGCCCUUCUCAGGUACGGUUCCCAGUCACUUAA